UGUGAUAUGAGGGUUUGUGUGGAGGAACAGGUGGGAAUUGGACUUCCUAGCAUCCCUGUAUCUUCGGAGAAGGCUGCUGUGAUUCUGGGAGUCAGAAUGGAGACAAGAGAGGCUUCUUCAUUGACAAAAUCCAGAAAUCAGAUGUUCUCUUUUGGUUCUGAGGCACAUGAGCGGAGAAACUCCGAGCCACUGAUCCCUUGUUCAUGUUCACAUCGUCUACAUCCGGCAGAAGAUUGCUGUGACUCUAAAUCAUCUGAACAGAUACGUAUGGACUGUGGUGCGAGAAGCCCUUUAGACAGUAGAUCCAAGAGCUUGGACAGCCUAGACUAUGUUCACAAAGACUGCUGUUGCAGCACGGUUUCAUGCCGCCGGGCGGAGGGAUUGUCUUGCAGCCAGCCGUGCAGCACAUGUGGGCCAGUGGAAACAGACUGGUGCUGCCAAGAGGCCUCCUUUCAAAGUGGAGGCUGGGAAAUGGGGUUUCCAAGGAGAACAGAGGGGUUUUCUUCUGCCGCGACGCUGCUCGCUGGAGAGUCGCCAAGCCUGGAUGAGGAGAGGCUCGGCACCAGAAGAAUCAGCUUACCGACGCCGUUUGUGUCGCGUUUUCACUGCACGUGUGCCGAUGGUACAAGACUGGAAGCAGGAAUGCAGAACCAGGUGAAUUUUAAUUUUGCCCAUUGCCACAACUGUGUCUUCUCAAGCUUGGAGAGGCUCAACAAGAGAUCAAAAGUCAGGUGCUUGAGAAUGCCCUGCCAGGCUUUCACAACCUCAAAGCCUUCCUUGGUUCACCAACACAGUGAUGGCGAGGUUACAGCUUCCGAUGGCGAGUUCGCUCCCAAGAAGGAGCGGUCCACUGUCCUGGUCCGGAGGUACCUGAAGAACAAUCAGAAGGUCUUGAAGAAGGUCUGCACUGGCACCAGGGCAAUUAUGAGGACUGGGCAUAUAUCAGACAGAGCAUGGCAGGCUGUUUGUGGAAGAAGAUGUCGUCUGAGCAAGGCUUGUACCUUUGUACACAUGGAAUACAGUAGAGUGCUCCGGGUAAUCCAGUUGCAGGUCUCCAGGGCUCUUCUCUCCUAUCCAGAGGUCAGACUGAAGCAGCUCCAGCAUGCAUUUCCUGCUCUGAACCCUGAAGUUCACCUCCUGCACCCCUCCAGGAAGCUGCUGGCUCGGACGGUAGUAUGGCUUCCAGCCUGCAUACAGCAUACUGAAUACCGCGCCUGCUCCUAUCGGACAAGCUUAGUGGCGCACCUGAGUGGAGCCCUGCUGGAGGCCACGGUGGCCAUUACCACCUGCACACCCAUGUUCAAAGAACGCCAGCUGUGCGGCUCCAUGGCCAGCUCCGGCUCGCUCUCGUCUGGCAUGACGGGGAUCAGUAAGGAGCUGGCCGACCUGCGGCAGCUCAUCCAGUUCCCGGAGGAAAUCGCCAGCAUCCUGACGGAGCAAGAGCAGCAGCUGUAUCGCCGUGUGCUCCCACUCGACUACCUGUGUUUCCUCACACGUGACCUGGCCAGCCCCGAGUGCCACAAGAGUCACCCACACCUCAAGGCCUCUCUAUCAGCGCCCGUCAUGCCUACCCAGAGUUCCCAGCACAACGUCGUAGAAGACCUAGUUGCACGCUUCAAUGAGGUCAGUUCGUGGGUGACCUGGCUUAUCCUGACUGCUGGCUCAAUGGAGGAGAAGAGAGAAGUCUUUUCAUACCUUGUUCAUGUGGCCAAGUGCUGCUGGAAUAUGGGCAACUACAAUGCAGUGAUGGAGUUCUUGGCAGGUCUUAGAUCUCGCAAAGUUUUGAAGAUGUGGCAGUUCAUGGAUCAAGCAGACAUCGAGACCAUGCGAGGCCUGAAGGACGCCAUGGCCCAGCACGAGUCGUCAUCAGAAUACAAGAAGGUGGUGAAUCGUGCCCUCAACAUCCCCGGCUGUAAAGUAGUACCCUUCUGUGGGGUGUUCCUCAAGGAACUGAGCGCGGCUCUUGACGGAGCGGCGAGCUUGAUUGGGCUGCGUCCUGCUUUCGAUUCUCAAGAGGACUCUAUUGAGUUCGUGUCCGAUUACAACGGGCAGCAGCAUUUCCUGCAGAGAGCAGGAGCUAAUGGGCUGCACAGCUCGGAGAAGGAGGCCACCGUCAGCAACAUCCUGCAAACCAUCCGCAGCUGCAAUCGCAGCCUGGAGGCCGACGAGCCAGAGGACGCCUUCAGAGACAGGAGCAAGAAUCAGCAAGACUCUGAUUCAGGCGGUGUUCCAUUCUUAGUCGGGGACCUUUCUGAUUCAGAAGGGGAUUUGACCGAGCAGCCGCGAGAGUCGGACCUGCAGAGCCCAGAGGAGCCUGAAGGCGCUUUCAGUCAUGGCACAGAGGUGGUGCCCUGGUACGUACUCUCACUAUCUGCUGAUAUGCAUCGCUUCCUGCUGCAGGGUGCCACCGUCAUCCAUUACGAGCAGGAGAGCCACCUCACAGCCCGUUGCCUGCUGCGCCUGCAGCCCGACAACUGCACCCUGACCUGGAUCAAACCCCCAAGCAGCCGGAGCAGGGGCAUCGUACCCGAUUCUCUCCUUCAGGGCCAGGUGGUCGUGUGCGGCCUCACAGAAGGAGUCCUCGACUUGAGUGCCGUCAAAGCCGUGUUCAUGGGCCAUCCAGGGAUCGACAUCAACGUAGUGCGUCUGCAGCACAAGUUAUGUGGUCUGAGUGCCGAGGAGAACGGAGUCACGCUGCUCUACGGGCUGCACACCACCGACAAUAGGCUGCUGCACUUCGUGGCACCGCAGCACACGGCAUCCGUGCUGUACGAGGGCCUGCGGGAACUUAUCAGUGCCAUCAGGAAGAUGAAGAGGUUCCCGGACCAAAGAUUGCAGUGGCUACGUAGGCAGUACGUCAGCCUCUACCAGGAGGAUGGUAAAUUUGAAGGACCAACGUUGGCUCAGGCCAUUGAGCUGUUCGGGGGUCGGCGCUGGAACAUGGGCUCAGGCAGUAGAAGCACGGAGAAGAGCACUGCUCAGAAGAACAGCCCACUGGGCAUCAGCUCUAAUGCCAAGAAGAAGAAAAAAGCCCUCGUGAGGGGGGACAGCGGGGAUGGAACUGAUGACGAGAUGAUCUCGCGCAAGACAAAAAGCUGCAAGGAAGUUCUGAGCAGGAGCUCUUCAGAUCCGUUAGAUAGCGUGGAGCAGGAGGAGAAUGAUGAUUCCAGCACCUUUGGAACCCCUGGAUCCUCCUCCACAUCUAGCACCAAAGCCCAAUCCCCUGGAAUGUCCUCCUUCUCCUCCCCCUCCCCUUCGUGCUCAUCUUCUGUAAACAGCUCCACCCCCGUCCGGCCUCAGUCCUCCCCUGUCCUCCCCUGCACCUCUAAAGGUCAACCCGGCCUUUCUGUCCUCAGGGCAUGGAACAGCAGAAGUUGGCAUGGGCGGGGAAAAGGCUGCUUCCGUGGUUUCCAGAACCUCAUGAUCUCCGACAGCAUCAUGAGCUUUGUCGAGUUUGUGGAGCUCUUUAAGUCGUUCAGUAUCCGUAGUCGGAAGGAUAUAAAGGAACUGUUUGACACGUAUGCUGUGCCCUGUACUCGCUCAGGCCCGGAUUCAGUGCCGCUCUACACCACACUGAGAAUCGACGACAAAAUAACAGGGCUUCAACCCGACCUAGACCUGCUGACCCGCAAUGGCUCUGACCUCGGCCUGUUCAUCCGCACCCGCCAGCAGAUGUCCGAGAGCCAGAAGCAGAUUUCAGACGCCAUUGCCGCUGCCAGCAUCGUGACCAACAGUACAGGCGUCGAACACUCUUCAUUGGGUGUGCUCGGCCUCGCCAUCCCGCAGCUCAAUGACUUCCUGGUCAACUGCCAACGAGAGCACUUGACCUACGAUGAGAUCCUGACCAUCAUCCAGAAAUUCGAGCCGUCUUCGAGCAUGCGCCAGAUGGGCUGGAUGUCCUUUGAGGGCUUUGCCAGGUUCCUCAUGGAUAAGGACAACUUUGCCUCCAAAAACGAAGAGUCUCAAGUGAACUCGGACAAGCUGCAGUACCCGCUUUCGUACUACUACAUCGAAUCAUCACACAACACGUACCUCACCGGCCACCAGCUGAAAGGAGAGUCAUCAGUGGAACUGUACAGUCAGGUGCUGCUGCAGGGAUGCAGGAGUGUCGAGUUAGACUGCUGGGAUGGAGAUGAUGGCAUGCCGGUUAUUUACCAUGGGCACACACUAACCAGUAAAAUCCCCUUUAAGGAUGUGGUAGAAGCCAUCAAUCGCUCUGCGUUCGUGAACUCCGAGAUGCCUGUGAUCCUAUCCAUUGAGAAUCACUGCUCUCUGCUUCAGCAGCGCAAAAUGGCAGAGAUCUUCAAGAUGGUGUUCGGAGACAAGCUGGUAACCAAGUUUCUCUUUGAGAGUGAUUUCUCUGAUGACCCACUACUCCCCUCACCUUGGCAGCUAAGAGGCAAGAUCUUACUCAAGAACAAGAAACUGAAGGCACAUCAGGCCCCUGUGGACAUUCUAAAGCAAAAGGCACUUCAGCUCGCACACAUGCAAGCGCAAGCCAAUAACUGCACAGUCACCGCUGGUUCUCUUGGCAACAACGAAGAAGAAGAGGAGGAGGAAGACGAGUAUGACUAUGACUAUGAGUCACUGUCUGAUGCUGAUGUCCUCAAUGCUUCCACUGCCUCUUAUAGCCAGGAAGAUAACAUUCUGGAUGACAAGCCGGAGGGGAAGUCAUCGACUGAAAAGCUGCAGUACGAGUCCAACGAUGAGAUGCCAAAGAGGAUUAAGAAAGCUGGGAGUAAAGGAAAGAUGUUCGACAUGGAGCUGGGGGAGGAGUUUUAUCUGCCGCAGAAUGAGAAAGAAAGCAGGCAGAUUGCACAGGAGCUCUCGGACCUCGUCAUCUAUUGCCAAGCAAUCAAAUUCCCAGGCCUAUCCACCCUCUCCCCAUCAGGCUCCAGCAGAGGAAAGGAGCGAAAAAGUCGAAAAUACAUCUUUGGCAACGCCCCAGUCCGUGGGAGCCCUGGUGAACCGGUGACGCUGGUGCGCGGCUCAGGGAAAGCUGGUACGGAUGGCACAAGGGCAAGCUGGGAGGAACAGACGAUGCCGGCGACAGGCACGACACCUUCACUGAGCGCCAUCAUCCGUACGCCCAAGUGUUACCACAUCUCAUCGGUGAACGAGAACGCUGCCAAACGUCUGUGUCGUCGUUAUUCCACCAAACUGAUCGGGCACACGGAGCGUCAGCUGCUGCGCACCUACCCUGCUGCUACACGCAUCGACUCAGCCAACCCCAACCCCCUCUGCUUCUGGCUGCAUGGCAUCCAACUCGUCGCACUCAACUACCAGACUGACGAUCUGCCCAUGCAGCUGAACGCUGCUCUGUUUGAGAUGAACGGUCACUGUGGCUUUGUCCUGAAGCCACCUGUGUUAUGGGAUCGCACCUGCCAUCUGUACCAGCAGUUCAGCCCACUGGAGCGAGACCUGGAGCACAUGAGCCCUACUUCCUACUCUUUUACUGUGGUAUCUGGGCAGAACGUGUGCCCAGGGAACAGCAAUGGCAGCCCAUGUGUGGAAGUGGAGAUACUUGGCCUGCCAGCUGACGCGUGCCACUUCCGCACUAAGCCCAUCCAUCGCAACACACUCAACCCCAUGUGGAGCGAGAGCUUCACCUUCCAGGUUCACUUCGAAGACUUGACGUUUCUUCGUCUGGCUGUCGUGGAGAAUAACAGCUCGCAGGUCACGGCACAGAGGAUAUUGCCACUGAAGGCUCUCAAACCCGGCUACAGACAUCUGCAGCUGAGGAAUCAGCACAAUGAGGCACUGGAGGUCUCCACCCUCUUCCUGUUCAACCGCAGGACAGAGGAGAGUCUUGAUACAGGAGCACGACCGGCCGCUGUGUUGUUUAGUUCGGAGGAGAGGCGCACGACACAGCAGCACAAAGUGACCGUGCACGGAGCUCCAGGCCCUGAACCUUUUACUGUGAUCAGUGUUAAAGAACACACCACAGCAAAGCAGUUAAUUAACAUGAUGGUUCCAGAUGCUUCUGCUGACUACUUCCUGAUGGAAGAGAAGAUACCACUGUCAAAGGAAAAGUGCGACACAAAGAAAGUUCCUCAGCAGCGCCCUCUAGCGUCCGACGAGAGGGUUCUCAAAGUGCAGCACAGCUGGCAGUCUGAGGAGGGCUACGUGGGCCGCAUGUGUCUUAAAGCCAAGGAGGAGGAUUUGAGUGAGAAGAACGCAGUGAUGGAGCGAGUGGAGGAAGUAAACAGUGGAGGAGAGGAGGAUGCGUUCUUCGUUCAGGUUCAUGAUGUUUCUCCAGAGCAGCCUCGCACGGUCAUUAAAGCGCCACGCUACAGCACUGCCCAGGAUAUCAUUCAGCAGGCCCUGAGCAAAGCCAAGUACUCUGUCAGCAUCCUGAGCAACCCGAACCCCAGUGAUUACGUGCUGAUGGAGGAGGUGGGCCGUGAAGUGCCUGGAAAGAAGGGGUCUUCAGCUAAACCCGGUCAGCGUGUGCUGCCUGAUCAUGAGUGUGUGUUCCAGGCCCAGAGCAAGUGGAAAGGCCCUGGCAAGUUCAUCCUGAAACUCAAAGAGCAGAUUGGGCGUGAGGAUAAAAGGAAGUGUGUGUCGUUUGCCAGUGAGCUUUGGAAGCUGACAGGCCGCAGUCGCAGCGUGACGAUGAACGGGCCCGGUUCGAGCGAUGCAGCACACAGCUCUGCGUUGGCGCUGGGACCAAAGGCCUGGGUGGCAGAUGCACAUCUGGAUUUUGCCCCUCUGGCACUGCCGGCCCCCUCGGCCUGGUCCUUCCCCCUGCUGUGGAACUGGAAGCUGCACAAAUGAGCGUAGUGCUGCAGCACUCUGACCUUUAAUCAACACCAUGACCUCUCACACAGAGAGGUCACGAAGAGCGUCAUGGGACAGGGAGCGGUACCCGAUGAGCUCCAGGCUGUGGAGUGUCCCGGAGCCCACGCUGACUGGGCAGAACCUGGAGAGGACAGUGAGACGCAGCCAGCUCAACACUGGCUCUGAGUGACUUGACGUGAUGAUGAAAUGCGUAAAAGCUCACUUGUCACUUCUGUCUCCAUCUUCGCUUUUUCUCGGUUACUUUAACGCUCGAAGUGAGCAUCAGGAGUCGCUCAUGCUUUUCUUUGCAGUAUCGUCUUCAGGAGACUGAUAUUACUGUCCUGCGUGAUGUUCUUUUGCACAUUUUUUUUAAAUUAUAGUAUAGUUGGUUUUAGUCAUCACAUGUUCUUAUUUAAUUAAAACUUUGCGUAUUUAUUUCACUUUUUUUUUAACGGACUUCCUGUAGUUAAAUUGGCAGGAGAGUAGCACACCAACACCACAUUUAGUUCCUUUAAAACAAAAGUGUUGACUGUUUUAUUUAUUGUUUAAGUCGCUGCUCCAGUGGAAAUCAGUGGAAACCCAACAGAAAGGCACUACAGCUUUCUGCUUCAUUCUUUGUAUUUAGUACUUUAGACUUGUUUCCUAUUUCUUGACAUUUAAUUUUCAGCACCAGUUUUACUGUAGACUAUUUUAAAUCAUCCAGACUCUAGAUAUAUUUGCUUGUGGGAUCAGUUGAGGAAAAUGACAUCACUUCCUUAAGGGUUUCCUCCCCACAUUAUUUCUUGAUGAUGUUUAUUGAUUCCUUUUGCAUGUUGCACAAGUGUGUGUGCGCGCGCGUCCCACACAGUUUAAUUCAUUUCUGAAUUUAAAAUGUCCCGGACUACCUCUGCUAACUCGCAGAGCCUUGAAGUGUAACCCCCCCUUUCACUGUUCUCUAGUCUGUCCAUGUCUUUAACCUGAUUCCUUAUUAAAUGUAAAGUGGACCUGUUCUGCAUGAAGAUUGGAAACUUUACCAGUUCUUUUUCUUUCUUGUCACGUCUUUAUCGCCAUCGUCGUUUUUUUUUUUAAUUUAUUUAAAAGCAUAGCCCAGGUCGGCCAUGUCUUUCUGCUCUUGUACAUAUGAUAGAACUAUUAAAGCCACGUGUCUAAUUUAUUUCGGAGGGUGUAAAUAUUACCCGGUUCGCUCGUACUGUAUCAGUGUAUGUUGUUUGUUUAUACUUUUGUAAUUUAGGAUUCUGUGAUGUUUGGUACUUGGAGACACUAAAGGAUAUUAGAUGUGUGUAAAUGCUUCUGAUGAGUCACAUGUAGUGCAGCUUCAUCAGUAUUUUAAUUGCAUUUUAGUGUUCAGCACUAUCUUUGAGAAUCUUGUGACUGUCUGACUGUUGUGGAGGAAACGAGUUGUACAAUAAACUGAAAAAAUAAAAAGUAUUAAAUCUUGUAAAAA